AUGUAUAUUCUUCAGAAAUUCUUGGGCAGAUUGUUGCUCGCUCCACUAAUUCAAGCGAAUGGAGUCAGACAAUUGUUUCCUUGUUGGGAUCAAUCGCAUUUAAAGGCCACGUUUAAUAUUUCAAUCAAACAUCCUCGUUAUUAUUCAGCUUUAUCAAAUAUGCCGACAAAGUUCGUGACCUAUGAAAAUAAUAGCGAUUCAAUACACACAUAUUUCUACAUUACUCCUCCAAUGUCUAUUUCACAAGUUGCAAUAGUUAUGACUAAUUAUAAUUUCACUAAAAUUAACGAAAACGUUACUUUGUGGUUAUGUUAUUCAGAAAAGAAGUCUUCAAAACUUUUUGAGUUUGCACGAAGAAUCAUAUACAAUAUUACAUUGCAUUUAAAAUCUGAAUUCAAUGGAAUAAAUAUUCCAAAAAUGGAUCAUGUUGCAAUUCCAAAUUUUCCACAAGACGGCACAUCGAAAUGGGGGCUUAUCUUUCAUACGGAAGCUAAUAUUAUUUAUAAUAAAAAAUUAGAUCCAUUUAUGCGCAAAAUAGAAGUCGCACGUUUAAUAGCAUCUAAGAUUGCAUAUCAGUGGUUUAGUAACGUUCUCAAUAUUUGGUGGCUCCAAUUCUGGUUACAUGAUGGUUUUGCUAAUAUAUUCGGAGAAGAAGCUAUUGCUAAGAGCUUCAAUAGUUCUGAAGUAAUGGAUCUUUUCGUAGUUCAGAAUCAAUACGAAUCUCUUCAUUUGGAUUCUCAUUAUAAUAUGAAUUCUUUAAAAUUGACUGUCCCACCAGAAAUUGAUUCAAUUUUCAGUUUUCCGCGUUACAUAAAAGUAAUAAUUAUCUUAAGGAUGCUCCAAAGUGCUAUUACCGAUAAAGUGUUUCGAAAUAAUAUCCAUACAUAUAUAAAUAGACAGCAUUAUCCUAUUGUAAGCUUGGAGCAAGAAGCUGAUCCUUUCAAACGAAGAUUGUCGCAAAUAAAAUACAAUUCAACCAGUUAUGGAAAAUGGUGGAUACCUAUAAAUUUAAGCACCAAUAACUUAAAGCAGAUCAUACUGAACUUCACAACAUGUUUAACACCGGAUUUACCCUCUUUUACUGUACAACAACAAAUUGAUGGGGCAUAUGUUUGGAUAGUCAACAUUCAGCGAGCAGGAUAUUAUCGUGUCAAAUAUGAUUUACAAAGCUGGUACGCAAUUGUAAAUGAUUUAAAUUCUACAGCUGGAGAAUAUAAAGAAAUAAGUGUCAUCAAUCGUGCUAAAAUUAUUGAUGACGCGUUUCAUUUGAUGAUGGAACGUCAGCUCAACGUAUCUGUAUUUUGGAACCUCACGCAAUUCUUAUCACAAGAGACAAAUUUCAUAGUGUGGUAUCCAAUGUUUAAAGUAUUUGAAUAUAUGUCCAAUAUAUUUCCAUAUUCGGAAAACGAAAUUAAAUACAUCGAUAUUAUUAAGGAGAAAUUUCGAAAAAUGUUGGAUCCACUUAUAAUAAUGCUUCAAAAAAGUCAAACAGACUUUAAUAGAUGUUUAAAACAAGAGAUCUUAAAAUGGGCAUGUGCGCUCGAACAUCUUACGUGCAUAAACAAGACCAGAAGUUUCACCAGAGUGGAAGCACUGGACAUUUUGCAGAGGUUUAACAUUAUGCCAUUAUGA